GGAAGUAACUGUCAGCCGCAGAAGAGCCUGAGGAGACAUUUUCACAAGUUUUUAUAUCUUUCACCAAGCUUUUUGUGUGAACACCGUGAACAUGUUUUCCCGAAAGAAGAAGGAGCAGACGACUAAAACACCUUCAGCCUCCAAAAAGAGCCACUCUGCGCAAAACCCUUCGUUGUCCAUCCUCCAGGAACACUCUCAGAAUGACACUAUGGACGGCUCCUGCAUGUUGACUCCUCCAGAUUCGGUGGCGUUGUCCUGUCCCGGGACGCCCUGCGCUCACUCCAGAUUGUCAGGCUGCAGUUCUCCUGUCGGUACAGUCAGGCGGCCCCCGGGUCUCAGCCGCCACGCCAGCGCCGCUGGGUUCCCUUUCCAGACCUCCGGGACCUGGGGCUUCCAUAAGGGUUACGUGCGGACGCCGCUCAGCUAUGGACAGUCAGCGGAGGGACUGGAAACAUCAGUUAUCGAGGUGGAGGACAUUCCCUCUCUGCUGAGAGACGUCGCACGAUUUGCAGAGGCUGUGGAGAAACUUAAGGACAUGGUGCUGGGUGAAGUGAAAGAGGAGCCGCGCAGCCGUCCAGCCGUUCAUGAGUGUUUAGGGGAAGUUCUGCGCGUUUUGCGGCAGGUGAUCAGCACAUACCCUCUGCUGAACACUGUGGAGACACUCACCGCAGCAGGAACACUCAUCUCUAAGGUCAAAGGGUUCAGUUAUGAAGGCACCACUGACGCCCAGAAGAAAGACUUUGAGAAGGCCAUUGAGACCAUUGCUGUGGCCUUCAGCAGCAAUGUUUCAGAGCUGCUGAUGGGAGAGAUUGACAGCACUACUUUACUGUCCCUGCCACCCACUGAGAAGAGCAGGUCAAUGGAGGAUCUGUACAGGUUGUCCUCAGGUCAGGGUCCUGAAGGAGGAGGAAAAUACGACCCACAGGACUGCAUCAGUCCUCAGGAAGUGGAUAUUCUCCUGCAGCGCAGUGAAGGCGGCGUCGACUCGGCUCUGAGUUACUCCAAAUCUAUCGCCAAAUACAUGAAGGACAUCAUCAGCUAUGUGGACAAGAGAAUCGCUCUCGAGAACGAGUUUUCUAAAGGUCUUCAGAGACUCUACCAGUCCUGCAAACAAAACAUCAUACAGGAUCACAUGCCUCUGCUGUCCAUCUUCUCUCUGGCUCUGGAGCAGGACUCUGAGCAGAGCUGCGGUUUGCAGCAGACCACAAAUAACAUCUACACACACUCCUUCCUACAGCCAAUGACGCAGCGCAGACAGGAGCACGAGAAGAAGCGCAGAGACAUUAAAGAGCAGUGGCAGAGGGCCAAGAGAAAACUGGCUGAUGCGGAGAGUAACCUGCGUAAGGCCCGUCAGCUGUACAUGAGCCGCUGUGAGGAGUACGAGAGAGCCCGGACGGUAGCCAAUAAGGUGGAAGAGGAACAAAGCGGAACAGGAAGUGGCUCAACCACUAAAGCUCUGGACAAGAAGAGACGACUAGAAGAGGAAGCACGCAACAAGGCAGAGGAGGCCGAGGCUACGUAUCGCACCUGUAUUGCUGACGCCACGACUCAACAGCAGGAGCUGGAGGACAUGAAGGUGAACGUGUUAAAACAGAUCCAGGAGCUCAUCAGACAGACGGACCAGAUUCUGCGAGCGUGCACCAUCUCGUAUUAUCAGACCAUGCAUGUGCAGACCGCAGCACUGCCGGUGCAUUUCCAGACGCUGUGUGAGAGCUGUAAGCUGUUUGAUCCGGGUCAGCAGUAUGCGGCAUACGUCAAAAACCUGCAGCUGCGCACUGAACGGCCUCUACAGUACCAGUUUGAGCCAUACUCUGCUUCCAGCCACCAGCAGUUACUUCGUACCCGGAACAACAGCCUGUCUAAUGACCAGCGGCAAAACAGCUGUGAGGCUCCUACCACACCUGAGGAGGCGGGGUUUGGAGAAGGAACUGUGGUUAAGCAAAGACGAGGUCAAGUUCGGGAUCAUCAUCAGGCUCAUAAGUCCUGGCCGUCCACACUGAGUGACACUGACAGUGUUGGUCCUGGAAGUGGACUGGGCUCUCCCACCAACAGCACAGGAGACAUCUCAAAACCAUCAAGGCCGGUGUCUGCAGCCACUUUAUCAUCCAAUGAAGAUUUAGAGGAGCGAGAUGGUGCCAUGACCCAGUUUGAACAAAGUAUAAAUGGGAUUGAACCAGAAAUCGUGGCUCCCACUGGACCGUUCAGAAACGUGGGAUUGUCCAAAGCUGCAAAAACCCAUCGGCUGCGCAAACUUCGCACGCCAUCAAAGUGCAGAGAAUGUGACAGCUACGUUUAUUUCCAGGGUGCAGAAUGUGAAGAGUGUUUUCUAGCAUGUCAUAAGAAAUGUCUGGAGUCUCUGGCCAUCCAGUGUGGACAUAAAAAGCUCCAGGGCCGCUUGCAGCUCUUCGGUCGGGAUUUCUCUCAAGUCCUGCAGGGUAAAGAGGACGCCGUUCCCUUCAUCAUCAAGAAAUGCAUCACUGAGAUUGAGAGGAGAGCGCUCAAAAUGAAGGGAAUCUAUCGUGUGAAUGGAGUGAAGACCCGUGUGGAGAAGUUGUGUCAGGCCUUUGAGAAUGGAAAAGAGCUGGUGGAGCUCUCACAGGCGUCUCCACACGACAUCAGUAAUGUGUUAAAGCUCUACUUGAGACAGCUCCCGGAGCCCAUCAUGCCCUUCCGGAUGUAUAAUGAGCUGAUGGGAUUGGCCAAGGAGAGCUUGAACUCUGAUGCAUCAGAGUCCGCUGAUGGGGUAAAGAGCCCAGAACUGGUGGAUCGAGGGCCAGAAACGGAAGCAGAAGUGCUGACGCUGGUGGAGAAACUCAGAGAAGUGCUGAAACGGCUGCCGAACGCUAACAUCGCCACGCUAAAGUACAUCAUUCAGCAUCUACGCAGAGUCUCAGAGCUGGAGCAGGAGAAUAAAAUGAGCGCCAGUAAUUUAGGCAUCGUGUUCGGGCCGACGCUGAUGAGACCCAAACCCACCGGAGCCACAGUUUCCCUCUCGUCUCUGGUGGAUUAUCCUCAUCAGGCCCGCAUCGUGGAGACUCUGAUCGUCUUCCAGCAGAGUGUCUUCAUCUCCACGCUCAGAUCUCCUGCUCAGCGUCAGGACAGCGAGACUGGAGCUCAUGAAGAGCCAAUCAGAUCCCGUCAGGAGUGCGGCGAUUCAGUGGGCUCGUCAGGCUCUCAGGAGCGCUCUCUGGAAUCAGACUCGGAUGUGGAGGAUCUGGCUGCUGGAUUCAGACCCAACCACCCACCUCUGGUCAGUCAGGAGAGCGAAACCAGCACAGAAGACGACCAGAUGAGUCCCAGAGUGAGUCUAGAUCUGAGCGGCCUCGUCUCCGAAACCAUCCCAGAACAGAGCAUCCCAGAGCCAGCAGAAAACAGCAGCAGAUCUCAGCAGUAAGAGCAGAAUCCUGAACAUGUACUUACACCAUUGCCAGAGCUUUGAGUGCGUCAUGCGUAUACAAGAAGCCUAUUUGAUCAAAAGCACAGUGAUAAUGUGAAGUAUUACUGUUUAAAGUAGCUGUUUUCUUACUCAAAUUUUUUUCCAAAUAUAAUUUUAUUUAAUGUUUUUAGUGCAAAAACAAAUGACAUUGAGUAAUAAGUUAUAUAAGUCCAUCAUUUAUAUAGUUACAAUCCUGACUCCCACAUGAAAAAUUAUAAUAAAAAUAAAAGUAAUAAAAUUAAAUAGUAAUUAAAUAAACAAAUAAGGACAUAAGAUGCUGAAUUAUUUUACAGAAAGGCAGAUUACAUUUCUUUUGUCCAGGCCGAGUCUUAUUCUUAGGGACUUAGAGGUUCCCGGGUAAUCAAAGAAAGGAUCCCAGGUCUAAUAAAAUAGGAAAGGUUUGUUAAUGCUACAGACUGCAAGCAGCCAUUGAUUUAAACUGGGGUGGUUCAUUAAUCCACUUUACAAGGGUCAAUUUCUAAGCAAAGUAAACCAAAGCAACUCCAAUCAUUACUCCAGUCUUUAGUGUCACGUGAUUCUUCAGAAAUCACUAUAAUUUGAUUAUUUGAUCAAGUAACGUUUAUUAUGAUUUUAAGUAGGGAUGCGCUGAAAUGGAGUUUUUCAAUUGAUUCACUCGUUCAAAUAAUGUUGCUUCUUGUUCAAGCUACUUAUUUAAAAUCAUCUGAAGCAACACAAUUCUUGAGGUUUUUGGCGCAUAACUUAACACAUAUAAGUAGAUUCAUUAGUAGAGUUAAGUUAACUUAAUGAAUUUGUGUUGGAAAAACAAAUGAAGUGUGUGGAACAUUUUUUACAGUGUUGAACAACUGCUUUUAUUGUAAACCCUGAUCUUCAGAGAAGCUUUAUCUUCAUUAGUCAGCUAUUCUUUUCUAUGGCCCACUUUCUCUCAUAGAAAAAUGCAGUAAAAUUGUAAAGUAUUAUUACUCUUUAAAAUAAACGUUUUCUUAUUAAAUGCAUUUUAAAAUGUCAUUUAAUUUUGUGAUUUUAAAGCUGCAUUUACUUCAGUGUCACAUGAUUCUUCAGAAGACAGUAUACCUUGAUUAUUUGAUGAUCAAGAAGACAUUAAUUGUGAUUAUAAGUAGGGAUGCACUGAUAUGGAGUGUUUGACCAAUCGCCGAUAUAUUGUUUUUAUUUUCAUUUUCAGUUUGUACACAUUGAAAUACAAAACUUUACAUGCUUUUUACAACAAUUACCUUGCUGCAUUUACAAAUUAUACAAAAUAAAAGGAAAUGUAUAUAUAUUAAAAACUAAACAACCAAACAAAAAACACAAAAUAAAAUGCUCCUUUUUUCAUUAAUGGUCAUUUAUCCAAAUAAGAUCAUUAUAAUCAUACUGAGCACAAUGUACUUACCGAUAUAUUUGAUAAUAUUAUUUUUUUCAACAUUUUCUGAAUGUUGAAAGGUGCAAAUACACAUUUAUUCACUCAAAAAAUUUAGUUUGCUUCUUGUUCAUAUUUAAAAUGAUCCGUAAAACUAUUCUUGAGAUUUUUGCCGCACAACUUAAUUGUUUAACUACUCUACUAAUCUGCUAAAUAAUUUACUUAUAUUUGUUAAGCUGACUUAAUAGAUUUGUGUUGAGACAGCAUGAAUGAGUUUUGUGGAACCCUGCAUUUGUAGAUGAACAACUGACUUGAAUGCAAAACCUGAACUUCAGAAAAGCUUUAACUUCCUAGUCAGCUAUUGUUUUCUAUGACCAACUUUGUUUUAUACAAAUAAAAUAAAAUAAAAUUGAAUGAAAAUGAAUGCGUCGCCCAUUCACAAACAUAAAUAUUUUUGCAUGAACCUAAAUAAAUCUAAAUUUAAAUGCAUAAUUGUUGCAGUCCAUCACAAAAUGUAUUUACGUUUAUUCAUCAUAAACACCUUCAGUUAUUCAAGAAUUAUUCAUUUAUAAUGUUAAAAAAAGUAUAUUUAUUUCAAGUAAUUGCUGUUUUGAACAUCCUGAAAUGUAAAAUAGAUCUUUUCCACAUAAAUAUGAAGCAGGAAAAUAUAUAUAUUUUUAAAUGUAUAAUAAUAAAAAGCAUUAUUAAUGAUUGAGUACCAAUAAUAGAACAGCAAAUCAACACAUAUAAUGAUUUUAUGAUUAAUCAUUUAACUAAAGACUGGAGUAAUGAUGCUGAAUAUUCAAUUUUACAUCAAAGCAAGUAAUUAAAUUACAAUAUGUAAACGAUUACUAUAAAUUCUAUAUAUUUCAUCAUUUUACUUUAUUUUUUAAAUUAUAAAUGCAGAAUAGGCGUCUUAUAUAAACAUUGAAAUCAUACUGAUCUCAAACAUUUGACCGGUAGUGUAUAUUAAACAUUUAUUUUAUUUUAUUGUAUUUUUCUAGAAUUGAAAUCAGUCUCAUUUCCAAUACUAUCUGAUACUAUCUGACUGUUUAUAUCAUAUUUUUGGUGUUUAUAUCCAGAUGAUGGAAGUUAAAUUCUCUAUAUUAUUAUAUAAAUAUGCACUAGUGUAUAAACCAUGAACGAUUAUUAUAAGUAAGCAAGUAAUAUUCAUCUCUAUAGUACAGCGAAUCAUCAUAUUAUAAUGAUUUCUGAAGGAUCAUUUAACUAAUGAUGCUGAAUAUUCAGUUUUACAUCACAGCAGUGAAUACAUGUUUAACCUACAUUUAAUAUGUAAACAUUUAUUAUAAAUUCUAAUAAUAUUUCACAAUUUGACUGUAUUUUUUAAUCAAAUAAAUGCAGAAUAUGUGUCUUAUGAAUUAUUAAAAUCUUAAAUUGUUGAUCGUAGUGCAUAUUAACUAUUUUUUUCUAUUGAAAUCAGUCUUAUUUCCAAUACUAUCUGAUAUGAACUGAUUGCCUAUAUCAUGUUUUUGGUGUUUAUAUUCAGAUGAUGUGUGGGUAAAUUCUCUAUAUCAUUAUUAUUAUACAAAUAUGCACUAGUGUAUAAAUGAGCGAAACUGGAAUGCAAACAUUACUGAAACGUGUAUUAAUAUAAUAUGAUCCGUAUCCUGUAAAUAUUCAAAGAGCUUUGCAUAAAAUCUCCAUAUAUUUUUGGCCAUAAGACGCAGAGUUUAACGUUUUGUUUUUCAAUAUUUAUUAUAGCUUCAUUAAUGCACUGGAGUUUGUUUUAUUUUUGCAAAUGAGCAUGAAAUUGUGUUACGGUUAAAAUGAACUAACAACAGUCGUACUGCUGGUCAGUGCUGGUUUUAACGCUCGUAUAUAUAUUUUAUAUUACAUUUGUGUUUUAAUAGUGGUAGUAAGUGUGUAUUAUUCAGUCACGCAUGUGCUUUAUUUGUAAGUGUUUACAUCUCAUAUUUCUGCAUUAUUAUUGUUUCUGAAGUGAUGUGUUGUGUGUCUAAAUCUAGUUUAAAGGCGGGAUUGUAGUGUCAUCAUAUUAACUAAAAAAAAUCCUUAACCAGUUGACCUGACUGUACCACAUGGUGACUGAAUUACAGCCUCUACAAUGAAUCUGUAUAUAUUUCUGGACACAUUUAUAUCCAAUAAAUAUAUAACUUGUACUUAA